GGAGCAAUCAAAGGUGUCCACAAGAUUCUCAACACUCAAUAGAUAAAACAUCCAAUGACAUGCAGCAGUUUGCCAUGUCCAAAUUCAUCUUUCUUUCUCUGCGAUCGCUCUGCCAUUUCCAUGGCAUUUUCUUUGCCCAUUCGACCUCUCUUCACUCCUAAGCCCUCUCAUUCAUACACGCGUAAAGCCCAUUUGAAGGCUUCCCAAGUUCUCUUCUCCUCUACUCCCACUACCCCAUUGCUAGUUUCAUCAUUCACUGCCAAUUUAGAGGCCUCAUUCCAUAACCCAAUUUCUUCUUCCUCUGUUUCUAAGCUCAGACUCAUUCCCAAGGUUGGUGGUGAUCGGGCUGAUUAUUCAUCUGGGGAGGAAGAAACCAAGUCGGUUGAUUCCGAAGCAGCCAACGAAGAAGAGUUUUCUUGGUCUUCUGUCAUUUUGCCGUUCUUGUUCCCUGCCUUGGGAGGUUUGUUGUUUGGAUAUGACAUUGGUGCCACAUCUGGAGCUACUCUCUCAUUGCAGUCGCCAGAGCUUAGUGGUACCAGUUGGUUUAACCUCUCUGCCGUUCAACUUGGUCUUGUGGUUAGUGGCUCUCUGUAUGGAGCACUUCUUGGUUCCCUCCUUGUGUACCCAAUUGCAGACUUUCUCGGACGAAGGAGGGAAUUAAUUAUAGCAGCUGGACUAUAUGCAAUUGGUAGCCUUACCACUGCUUAUAGCCCUGAUCUGGGGUUUCUUCUGGCAGGAAGACUUCUCUAUGGCCUUGGCAUUGGUCUGGCCAUGCAUGGAGCUCCACUUUAUAUAGCCGAAACAUGUCCAUCCAAGAUUCGAGGAACUUUAGUAUCUCUGAAGGAGCUGUUUAUAGUGCUAGGAAUUUUGAUGGGGUAUUUAUUUGGCAGUCUUCAGAUUAAUGCGGUUGGAGGAUGGCGAUAUAUGUAUGGACUUAGUGCACCAGUUGCUUUCAUGAUGGGAUUAGGAAUGUGGCUUCUCCCACCAUCGCCUCGUUGGUUACUCCUCAGGGCCGCUCAAGGUAAAGCGCCUUCACAGGAUUCUAAAGAGGAAGCCAUUGCGGCCUUGAGUAAACUUAGAGGACGACCUCCUGGUGAUAAAGUAUCUGAGAAGCAAAUAGAAGAAACGUUUCUCUCCCUGAAAUCUGCCUAUUCAGAGCAGGAAUCUGAAGGGAGUAUUUGGGAGGUCCUUCAAGGCCCUAGUUUGAAAGCUUUCAUAAUUGGUGGAGGUUUGGUUCUUUUUCAGCAGAUAACUGGACAGCCGAGUGUUCUAUAUUAUGCAGGUCCCAUUCUUCAGAAUGCAGGAUUUGCUGCUGCCACUGACGCCACCAGAGUCUCAGUUGUUAUUGGGGUGUUUAAGUUGCUAAUGACGUGGGUAGCUGUGCUAAAAGUUGAUGAUCUUGGAAGAAGGCCUUUGCUCAUUGGAGGUGUUAGUGGAAUUGCACUUUCCUUGCUUCUUCUUUCGGCCUACUACAAAUUUCUUGGUGGGUUCCCCAUUGUUGCUGUAGGUGCCCUGCUUUUGUAUGUAGGAUGUUACCAGAUAUCCUUUGGACCAAUCAGUUGGCUUAUGGUGUCUGAAAUAUUUCCACUUCGAACAAGAGGGAAAGGAAUCAGUCUUGCAGUUCUUACUAACUUUGGUUCAAAUGCUAUUGUCACAUUUGCAUUUUCACCUCUAAAGGAAUUGCUUGGAGCAGAAAACCUUUUCCUUCUUUUUGGUGCCAUUGCAUUGCUUUCACUUCUUUUUGUAGUUCUCAAAGUUCCCGAGACCAAAGGUCUAAGUUUGGAAGAUAUAGAAUCCAAAAUCUUGAAGUGAUAUAAACCCAAUGACCAAUUUUCCUUUCAUGAGAUGUCAGUAAUAAACAUUUGUUUGCAGCAGUUGAAUUGCCUAACUUUUACAGAAUCACCGCAACAUAUUUCUCGCUUGGAGACGCUGACACGACUGGGAUCUGUUGAAUAUGUAAAUAUAAAGUGGCUACAAAACAACUGUCUCAAAUUGAAUAAGUGUACACAUGCUUUUCUCCCUUCUUGAAAUAUGUAUUUCUAAAUGUUCUUACCAUUAUGGUUGAUAUCCACAUCUUUGUUUUGUAUAU